GAAGGGAAGAUGGGGGGGGGGCGGGGGAAUGGGAGAGGGAAACGGUGAGUGAUGUGAGGGGGAAAUGUUGAGGGAAGGUAGAGGAAAUGUUGGGGAGGUGGAGGGGGAUGUUAAGGAAAGGUGGGUGGUAGAGGGAGGUGGAGGAAUGGAAAGAAAGGAAGGGAGGAGAGGAAGUGAAUGGGAGGAUAACACCAAAGAAAUGAGAGCAAACUGGAAAGGCAGAACGUAGAGUAAAAGGUAAUGACAAAUGUUUUCGUUUUUAAAUAGGCUCUGGAUUCUUUGGAUAAAUCAGACAUCUCUGAACUUCGUGUGUUUACCAAACCUCCUGAGAUGGUUAUGACUGUCAUGGAGUCUAUUUGUAUCCUACUUGGAGCAAAGUAUGCAAGCAUUUGUUUUACAUAAGUCUUGUAUCUUAGUUGGAAUUUACGCUAUUAAUACUUUACGAUUUUGUUACUUAGACCUGACUGGGCGACAUCGAAGACAGUGCUUGGUGAUUCCAAUUUCUUAAAACGUUUGAUUGACUUUGAUAAGGUUUGAACAUUCAACAGUAUUUUUUAGUCUAAGUAUGUUUAUCAUAGAAAGUUGUAUUAUGUUUUAUGAAUUAAUUGUAAAAUUCCCAUUUAAUUUACCUCAGGAUAACAUAUCUGAUGCGACCUUGAAGAAACUUAAAAAAUACAUGGACAACCCGAAAUUUGUUCCAGAAAUUGUCGAAAAGACAUCUAAGGUUGGGACUUGCUUCAUGUUGUCAUAUAUUUUACAUUGAAAUGCUUCGUAUUAUGGUGAUAAGUUAAUAUUUUAUGUGCUCAUUACAGGCUUGUAAAUCAAUGGUCAUGUGGGUUCGUGCCUGUGAUCUCUAUGCCAAAGUAUUCAAGACAGUUGAACCGAAAAGACAAAGGUAAGAAAUGAUUGCUAAAGAAUAAGCAUGAUUAUAUGGGAGUUUAAAAAAUGGAGAUUUGUUAAUGUAAUUUCUCAGAUAAAAUCAUUGUCAGCUAGCUGUCACUAAAGGCUAGUUUCCACUCAGGAAAAUUAUCCGUAGAUUGGAACGGACAAGAAAAUUUUUCUUUGUCUUGUGAGCUCUGGGUUGGACCUAAUGACUUUAACACAAAGAAAAAUUUUCUUGUCCGUUCCAAUCCAAGAAUAAUUUUCCUGAGUGGAAACUAGCCUUAAGACUAGCUGUCACUAUCAGGGCCUCAUUGAUUCGGGGCCUCUAUUGAUACCAGUCUUGUUACACUGAAGGGGUUACCCUGUUGAAAUAGAAUUGUAUCUAUCAUCACCUAUCUAUACGACUAUACCCUCAGUUAUCCCUAUCUAAACCCCGAUAUAUUUUUCUACUUUGUGAUAGACUUGCCGCUGCUGAAGCUGAACUGGAUACAACCAUGGCAACGUUACGUGAAAAACAGGGCAAGUUAGCUGACGUGGAAGCACAGGUUUGUUAAAAUAAAACUAUAGAAAUCUAUAGAAAUCGUCAAUCGUCAACAAUAAAACUAUAGAAAUCGUCUUUCUAAUGAACGAGUCACGAACAAUGAUAAUUUUUGUCUCUGAUUUGUUUCUGAAAGCCAAUCACAAAACAUGAUCAUUUUAGGUAGGUCUUUACCCCAGUAAUCAUAGCUAAUUUAAACUUUUACACAGACUGUCCUAAAUAACUCUUACAUUUUUUUAAACAGAAAGUCCUUUCAAAUAUUUUAUUGGAGAGGGAUAAGAGUUGCUUCAUGUUUUGUAUUUAGAUUGCAGAACUACAAGCUCAGUAUGAUCACAGCGUGGCGGAGAAGGAGGAAUUGACGCGAAAUAUUGCCCAGACCGCUGCCCGGCUGAAACGUGCCUCCAAGCUAACCACAGCUUUGAGUGACGAACAAGUGAGAUGGACAGGGAAUGUAGCGGUAAGGAAUUGAGUGAUGAUUUCUUGGAUAAUAUUUUGUAAAUAGCGUAGGUAGGACGGUGGUUGACACGGAUGGACAGAGAAUAUAGCGGUAAGGAAUUAGUGAUGAUUUCUUGGAUAAUAUUUUAUAAAUAGCGUAGGUGAGGACAGUGGUUGACAUGGAUGGACAGAGAAUAUAGCGGUAAGGAAUUAGUGAUGAUUUCUUGGACAAUAUUUUAUAAAUAGCGUAGGUAGGACGGUGGUUGACACGGAUGGACAGAGAAUAUAGCGGUAAGGAAUUAGUGAUGAUUUAUUGGAUAAUAUUUUAUAAAUAGCGUAGGUGAGGACAGUGGUUGACAUGGAUGGACAGAGAAUAUAGCGGUAAGGAAUUAGUGAUGAUUUCUUGGACAAUAUUUUAUAAAUAGCGUAGGCAGGACGGUGGUUGACACGGAUGGACAGAGAAUAUAGCGGUAAGGAAUUAGUGAUGAUUUCUUGGACAAUAUUUUAUAAAUAGCGUAGGUAGGACGGUGGUUGACACGGAUGGACAGAGAAUAUAGCGGUAAGGAAUUAGUGAUGAUUUCUUGGAUAAUAUUUUAUAAAUAGCGUAGGUAGGACAGUGGUUGACAUGGAUGGACAGAAAAUAUAGCGGUAAGGAAUUAGUGAUGAUUUCUUGGACAAUAUUUUGUAAAUAGCGUAGGCAGGACAGUGGUUGGCACGGAUGGCGGCUGACUCUGAAAGGAAUUAGAAAGAAAAGGUAGAUAUGUGCGUGACAAUCUUAUGUUUGGUUGUUUGGUGGUUUAACGCUGGUUUACACUAUCAAAGUUUCUGUGAUCACAGUAGGAAUUUUGCAUAUAGCUAAAUUCUAAGUUUUGAAGGAUUUGUAAAUGUUUGAGAAACUGACUCAGUGUUAAGCAUCGACUCUUACCAGUUUUCUUACAAAUCCUUCAAAACUUAGAAUUUACCGAUGGAAAAUUCCUACUGUGAUCACAGAAACUUUGAUAGUGUAAACCAGCUACAUCAUCAUUCGCUCACUCUAAUAAGUGCAAUACACACAAGUAAGUUGACCACAAUAUGUAGCAUACACUAUAUAUAUAUAAACAGUUUACUGAUGCCCACCAAAAGAUGGAAGAGAAUAUUUAUAUAUUUUUAAUAUUUUAUAGGCGUUUGAAGUGGAAAUCGGCAAUGUUGUUGGUAAUGUGUUUAUAGCAGCGGCUUGUGUGGCAUACACUGGAGCGUUUACAAGUCUUUACAGAGAGGAGGUAUGGCGGUAUUGAUGCAUAUAGAAACAUGCAAGGGCGGAUUUUCAUUUAUUUAAAAGGAGUGGUAGAAAAAUUUCUGGUGGGGGUGCAAGCGGCACCACUCGGUGAGCUUCGACAGGGGUUAGGUGUUUGGGUUAAAGCUAGCCUUUCACACAAAAUAGGAGGGGUGAAGCGAAAUUUUGCUGGGGUUGAACACUUUUUUAGAGGGGUUAGAGAGAUUCUAGGGGGUGGGGGGGUUAGGUUACAUGAAGUAUAGACGUAAACCUCUAAUACUGUCUAAGAGUCACAGAACCAAACUUCACAGGACCCCCCCCCCCCCAUCAGUAAAUCCGCCCAUGGAAAAAUGUAUAUUACCUUUUAUAUCAGACGUCAGUUCAGUGCACAUUUAAACAAAAGAAACUCAGUAAAAUCUCAUUAUUUCACCUGCAUUUGCUUUGUGUUAGUCUCCAGUACAUAUUUUAAACGUUUUACAGUUGAGGGCCAAAACCAAGAUUAGGAGUAAGAUUUAGGUCACUCAGGGUAAGGUUAGGGCCCAGCUAACUGGUGGGGCCUCCGGGGAUAAAUGCCCCCCCCCCCCAGUAUCUAUGUUAAAAUAUGCCUUGAAAGUCUCGUGGGAUUGCUUGAAACCCGCCUGUAGUAAUGUAUAUGGCUCUUUUCGUGCGGGGUAAACGUGCGUGAAUUGAUUAGGUGUAUUGAAAUUCAUGUUACAGAAAUUAAUCGUUAUCUAAUAAAACUUUUAGUUGAUAUCUCAAUGGAUUGGCAAGUGUACAGAACUUCAAAUCCCAGUGUCUGAGAACUUCACGUUGGUGAACGUCUUAGCAGAUCCAUUUGAAAUACGUCAGUGGAAUGCUGAUGGUUUGCCUCGAGAUAAUGUAAGUACAGUGGAGAAUGGGUGUGGCCUAAAGUGGUUCCAAGUGCUUGAUAUGUUUUAUGUUUCUCCAGGUCUCCAUCGAUAACGCUAUUUUGGUAAAGAAUGCAAGACGUUGGCCAUUGAUGAUUGAUCCACAAGAUCAGGUAUGUUUUAAGAGUUUGUUUAUAUUUCGUUAUUUUCCUUUGUCUUUUAAUAAUGACUUUAUUUAAACUGGAGAAAAAAAGACCGAUCAGCAUAUUUACAAGAAAUAGCUGGUAUUAACUGGUGAUGCACCAUAACGUAUACAGUACCAUACCAUACCAUACCACACCGUACCAUACCAUACCAUACCAUACCAUGCCAUAAAAUACCAUGCCAUCCAAUACCAUAACAUACAGUACCAUACCAUAACCGUACCAUGCCAUGCCAUACAGAACCAUGCCAUACCAUACCAUACCAUACCAUACCAUACCAUACCUGCAUAGUAUACCAUAAUCAUGUACCAUUUUAUUAUUGACCAUAUCAUCUAUACCACCAUACUAUUCAAACCAUAUCGUGAAAUCUAUCCUUUCAUAUCUAACAUUUUCAACUGAAAAUUGAACAUGCAAACAAUAUGAAUUAUUGCCAGGCUAAUCGUUGGAUUCGUAAUAAAGAAGCGAAGAACGGACUGAAAGUGAUCAAACUGACAGAUGGAAAUUAUCUUCGCACUUUAGAGAAUUGUAUUCGAAUUGGCAUACCUGUUUUACUGGAGGAGGUAAACGACAAUGAAGAACACACUUUGAUUAGACUAUAUUGACAUACUGAUUUGUUAAUCUUUCCUUAAUAAGGUUGAAGAAACAUUAGACCCAGCACUGGAACCUGUUCUGCUCAAACAAACAUUUGUUCAAGUAUGGAUCAACUAUUUUAGCCUAUGGUAUUCUAUCCUGUUCUAUUUUGUUCGUCUUUAUUGUCAGAUAUUAAAAAGUUCUGCUUACUAUCGUAGGGUGGACGUUUACUUAUAAGACUUGGUGACAGCGACAUUGACUAUGACAAAAAAUUCAGGUAAUCUAAAUAUUGUAGCAUUAUAUGUCUUCCUAAACUUUCCUUGUAGUUGUUGUAUUCAUCUAAUGGCAUGCAUUCAAUUCGUUGCAGGUUUUACAUGACAAGUAAAAUGGCGAACCCUCACUAUUUGCCGGAAGUGUGUAUUAAAGUGACCAUUAUUAACUUCACCGUAACUAUAUCUGGCUUAGAAGAUCAACUCUUGGGGUAAGACAAAUGGAUUCUCUAGUUCAGUUGGUUAGAGCGCUGCACCGGAAUCCCAGGGCCACAGGUUCGAUUCCAGAAGGCCUAUAUAGUUGCAUUUUUCGCAGCUGUUCCUGGUUAGGUCUAAAUAAACUUAAACUCUUCAACAUUGAUUCAAAUAUAGUCGCAACAUACGCCCGUACUCUAAAAGCUCACUCCCACUCACACUCAAUGAGUGGAGGUUCAAUCUGAUCUUCUCUUUAGUGUCAAUGCUGUUUUUGAAUAGGUGGAGGGUGAGUAGCCACCGAGUAAGGUAUGACACUAGCCCUCCAGCUAUUCAAAAACAGCAUUAAAACUAAAGAGAAGCUCAGAUUGAACCUCCACUCGUUGAAUGUGAGUGUGAGCGAGCUUUUAGAAUACGGGCGAUAGAGAAAUAAAUAUGCUCUCUUUAUUCAGUUUAUUGGGGGUGACCGUUAAUGUUUAUUUUAGAAAGAAAGCUCAGAUAACAAUUAGUUGUUUAGUUUAAGAUGUUUCUGAAUUGUCCACUGAGCAACUAGUUAAACUGGCAUUUGGCUUUCACAGAGACGUGGUUCGUCUGGAGCGACCUGACUUGGAGGAACAAAGAAACCAACUGAUUGUUCGCAUUAAUUCAGACAAAAAUCAGUUGAAUGCAAUCGAAGAUCGUAUAUUGAAGUUACUGUUUCACUCUGAAGGCAAUAUCCUGGAUGACGAGGUCUUGAUUAAUACUCUCAAUGAAUCCAAGGUGAGGAGUGAAUCUUUGUAGCUACAAUCCUGGACAAAAAGCACGGCUGACAAUUACAUAUUAUGAAUGCUUUCAUCUCAAUGUUCCUGUCUCAAAUGUCAACAUGGCUCGAGUGUUCACCAACAUUGUACCAGGAGAGGGGGGAUGGAUUUUCUGAGGAUAUUUUAGAGAUUGUGCAACACUCUUUGUAUUUAAUGUGUUUGUCCGAGUGAUUUUGUCCAUGAUUGUAGGCCAGAAACUCUUUCAAUAACAAUAUUAUCGCUGAAUGUUUUUAGGUAACAUCAGGUGUAAUAUCCACGCGUCUUCUGGAAGCGGAGAAGACAGAGCUAAGUAUUUCAACUGCUCGAGAGAAGUACCGUCCCGUGGCAACCAGAGGAUCUGUUAUGUAUUUUGUGGUCGCUAGUUUAGCUGAGGUCGAUCCAAUGUAUCAAUAUUCACUUAAAUAUUUCGCCCAGGUUGGUUGAACCGAAUGAAUGUGUUUAUUUUUGUAAUGCAUACAGCUGAACGGCCAUGUUGUUAUUUGUCUUGAUGAAAUAUAACAGUCAUAUAAAUAAUCAUGGGGAAAAUGAACUUAAAGUUUAUACAAAUCAACAGGGUUUUGUAUCAGAUAUACAAACUGAAACUCCUUCACAGUAAUAAUUUCCCUUGUGUUUUGCUCACGCAUUAUCAAUUAGAAUUACUGCAUUAUCAAUUAGAAUUACUGCAUUAUCAAUUAGAAUUACUGCAUUAUCAAUUAGAAUUACUGCAUUAUCAAUUAGAAUCUGGUUAACUAAACGAGAUCCCAUGUUUUUUCCAGCUUUUCAACACAUGUAUCGAGAAAAGUGAGAAAGCAGACAACCUAGAUCAACGUUUGGAAAUCCUGCUCAAUAAUUGCACCAAUACAGUGUUUGAGAAUGUUUCCAGGUAAUUGGUGGGCUCAGUAAGAAAAAAAUUGAAGUACAUCUAUAUUUAUAUUCUUCUAAAUACAAGACUACUACAUAUAAUAAAAAUAAUUCACAUUAUUUAGAUUGACCACCAUUUGCUGCUCGAUAGUGUUUAGUGAGAGCCAAUAAAACAGAGUACAGUGUUUGAAUGCAUUCUUUUAUAUUACAGAGGUUUAUUUGAGCGACACAAGAUCGUCUUCUCCUUCAUGCUGUGUGCUGAAAUAUUACGAGAGCGAGAGGAAAUCUCGACCGAGGAAUGGAAUUACUUUUUACGUGGUUCAGCGUCAUUGGAAAGGGUAAGUAGUAGUUACUCCUUGGUUUUUAUCGCGAUAUGUUUUGUUGGAAACACCACGUUAGCUUUUGUUGUUGGCCGUGCAGGUUUUCCGCUACAAGGACAACAAUGUUUCCUUCUUUCUCAUUCAGGAGCGGCCGGCGAAGCCUGAUAUUCCUUGGUUGACAGACAAUAUAUGGAAUACGUGUUGCGAUCUGGAAGUAAGUUUGUUGACUCUCGUGCUGAAUAACUGCAUGGCUUGUCUAUUUGACCAGUCCUUAGAGGUCCAGCAGCAGCAGAAGAAGAAGUUUAUUUUUUACAAAUAUAAAUAUAUAUAUGUAUUUUUUUUAUUUCUUCUUUCCAGUAAGGGGAUAGCUUUAUCAGUUCUAAACUGUUCUCCCUGUGGAGGUCCAGUGAUGGUCAUCUCUUAUUGAUCCAAUGUUACUACAGGGGGAAACCUGAACUAAACUAACUUAUUUACACUGGAUAGUUCUAUCAGUUCUAAACUGUUCUCCCUGGAGGUCCAAUAAGGUUACUAAUUCAAUUUGGCGUUCCUUUCAGGAUGAUUUGUCAUUUAAAAAUUUGAAGACAGUCAUUACCAAGAGACCUCUUGUUGGAAAGAUUGGCUCACUUGAGGUAAAACGCAAAUACCCCUUCCUGUAUCUUUCAAGUUAGUGGAAGUCGCCCUCUUGUGUUUCACUUGAAUGAUUUGUACUUUUCCACAGGUGAACAUCAACCCACCAGAAUGGGAAGGCUACACAGAAAGUACGGGUAACGAAGAUGAUUUGGAAUUAACAGAUUUUGAAAAUCUUAUCUUGAUCAAGAGUUUCCGCGAAGAAAAGGUUUGUGAAUCAAGAUAUGCUAAAAUCUUGAUCAGUGGAUUGUCUUGUUCUACGAACUAGCUGCACUGUCUGUUUUCUUAAGCCCCGUUUACACUUGCAAUGGACCUUUCCCCUUAUAACUAAAAUUUCGAUCUAGACAAAAAUUUCAUCACAGCUUGAAAGAGCAUCACAAAAUUAGUAAUAUUCCAAAGUUUUGUUGCAAAAUCUUGUAAAAUGCGGAUAAUAUAGCCUUGCGAAGUUUGCCGUUUUUCAGUCAUUUUAGAUUACAAACGGGAAAUUGACAUCCGAUUUGGGCGUUGGGGCUGCAAUUUCCCGUUUGUAAUGCAAAAUGACUGAAAAACGGCAAACUUCGCAAGGCUCUAUUUUCCGCAUUUUACAACAUUUCGCAACGAAACUUUGGAAUAUUACUAAUUUUGUGAUGCUCUUUCAAGCUGUGAUGAAAUUUUUGUCUAGACUUGCCUAGAUCAAAAUUUUGGUUAUAAGGGGAAAGGUCCAUUUCUCCUGCGAUUUUAUGUGUGAUCUUCUGAUGGAUGUGAACGAGUAGAUGAGUUAUGAAUGUUCUGAGUACAUGUACCUUCAUCUCAACAUUUAUAACCCAUCCGCUCGUUCACAUCCAUCAGAAGAAGAAAGUCGCACCUUAAAUCGCAGCAACAAUGGACCAUUUGCAUUAUAGACUAAAUUUUGAUCUAGACAACAAUUUCAUCACAGCUUGAAAGAGCAUCACAAAAUUAGUAAUAUUCCAAAGUUUCGUUGCGAAAUGUUGUAAAAUGCGGAUAAUAUAGCCUUGCGAAGUUUGCAGUUUUUCAGUCAUUUUAGAUUACAAACGGGAAAUUGAUGCCCCAACACCCGAUUGGGCUGUCAAUUUCCCGUGCGUAAUACAAAAUGACUGAAAAACGGCAAACUUCGCAAGGCUGUAUUAUCCGCAUUUUACAACAUUUCGCAACGAAACUUUGGAAUAUUACUAAUUUUGUGAUGCUCUUUCAAGCUGUGAUGAAAUUUUUGUCUAGAUCAAAAUUUAGUCUAUAAUGCAAAUGGUCCAUUGCAAGAGUAAACGGGCCUUUAUACUAAUUCAACUUCAAAAAAAAGUCUCGUGCGCCGUAUUGGUGGGUUUCAGUAUCAUUACAUGGAAGUCAAGAUCUGAAUCGGUCUAAUCUCACUGCACUUCUCUUUUAAAGGUGGUCUUUGCAGUUGGUCAAUUUGUUUCAACGAAUCUUGGUCGAAUAUUUAUCGAGAGUCCAAACACUGACCUCUCAUUGCUGUACAAGAAUAUGGCGCCAACCAUUCCUCUGGUGUUUAUCUUGUCCACUGGCUCUGACCCUAUGAACGCUUUCUUAAGAUUUGCUAAGGAAAUGAGCUACACAGAGAGGUAGUGUCUUUUUCUCAAGAUAAUUUAUAUUUGCAGCCAUGCUUUUUCGUAGUAGGGCGAUGGUACCUGUAGUGCAUGAUUAUACAACAUACCAGCCAUUGUUAUUUCGGUAUUUUCACGUUGAAUUUUUUCUUAACUUCUCAAGAGUGCAAGCGAUUUCACUCGGCCAAGGCCAGGGUCCUGUUGCAGAGAAAAUGAUCAAAGGAGCAUUGAAGUCAGGGGACUGGGUCUUCUUACAGGUAAUGUUUCUUGAAUAAACAGAACUAGACAUCUAACCUUAUAUAUAUAUUGGAUAGCUCUACCAUGCAGUUCUAAACUCAACUUCCUAAAUAUUUCUGUCUCCAGAACUGUCAUUUGGCGGCAUCGUGGAUGUUGAGAAUGGAAUCAAUUGUGAAAGCGAUAUCAUCAGGAGAAGUAGAAGUUCAUGAAGACUUUCGUCUUUUCCUCAGCUCAAUGCCGACCAAGGUAUUUCCAGUCACUGUACUGCAGAACAGCGUCAAAGUCACGAAUGAACCUCCCAAGGGACUCCGCGCAAACAUCAAGAGAGCUUUUGGUGAACUGAGUACGGAGCCAUUUGAAAACCACGGUAAUAUGUUUACUCAUUGUACAACCAAUAUCGUGUGGGGUAGAAUUAGAGUGGGGGUAGAAUUAGGGUGGGAGCGGUAGAAUUAAGGUAGGGGUAGAAUUGGAGUGGGGGUAGAAUUGGAGUGGGGGUAGAAUUAGGAUUAGGAUGGGGCUAGAGUUAAAAUGAUGGUAAUUUGCGAAUAUUUUGAUAUUUUUCUUUUCAAAGAACUUGGUGUUUCGUGGAGAAAACUGGUAUUUGGCGUGUGUUUCUUCCACGCUAUUAUUCAAGAAAGAAAGAAGUUUGGUCCUUUGGGCUGGAAUAUCAAGGUAAAUAUUCUUCUGUGAAAAUAUAUUGAGUGUAUGGUUCCAUUGUAAACAGGAAUGAAUAGUAAUGAAGCGAGGUUUGAGUGCAUGGUUCCAUUGUAAGCAGGGAUGAAUAGUAAUCAAGGAGGUUUCUUCUGCCGUUUUGGUAAAGUUUUACACGAGUCACAAUAUGAGGUUUUGUCUUCAAGAAUCAGUUUUAUUCUUUAGUACGAGUUCAAUGAUUCAGAUCGGGAAUGUGGUUUGGAUACGUUGAAGAUGUUUAUUAAAGAAGCCAAGAUUCCCUGGGAUGCACUGGUCUUCAUUACUGGAGAGGUACAGUGAUUGAGUAAUUAAUUGAUUUGACUGCUUCAUUUAUUGAUUGGUUGAAUGAUUGAUUGAACGAUUUAUUGAAUAAUAUAAUUUAUGAUUGAUUAAACAACUAUUUGAUGGGUGAUUUAAUUGAUGAGUGAUCGAUGAUAUUAAUAUUUGAUGAUUAAUUUAUUCCAGAUCACUUACGGUGGACGUGUGACGGACGAGUGGGAUCAAAGAUGUCUUCGAACUGUAUUAAGGCGAUUUUUUGCUCCUGAAAUCCUUAAAGAAGGCUACAAAUUUUCUCCUUCAGGUACUGGAUUAUCCUCUAGCAGCUCACACACACACACACACACACACACACACACACACACACACUGUAAUCCUAACAUCCAGUUCCAAUAUGAUCAGCGUGACAUUUCUGCUGUUUUAUUUAUGCCGCAGGUAUUUACUACCCUCCAGAGUUUGAGGGUUUAUCAGAUUAUCGACAGUUCAUUGAUAAUCUUCCGAUGAAUGAUGAACCUGAAAUAUUUGGUAUGAAUGAAAAUGCAAAUAUCGCUUUCCAGGUAUGCUUUAUUCUAGUUUACGCUAUGUUUAAACUACGAGUUGUUUAGCAGGGCUUCCGUAGGAUUCAUGUGUAGAUAGUAUUCUACAAGAAUCUGCUGUGAUUUGUGUUUGAACUCGCUGAAAAAGAUAUCUCAAACGUGAGGCCCAGUGUAGGUAGCAGCCUUAGUACUGUACAAUAAGCAAUGAUUCUGUUCUUGAGUGUCUCGAUUAUUUUUGUAGAGUCAAGAAACUCAGUCUCUGAUCUAUACUGUACUGGAUGUUCAGCCACGUAUGGUGAGCAGUGGUGGCGGGAAGACUAGUGACGAGAUUGUCUAUGAACUUGCUGAGAAUAUUUUAGGAAAAAUCCCUGAUAAUCUUGAUAUGGACCAAGCCAAUAAGGCUCUGUUUGAGGUAAAACUUUAUGCAGAAAACCUACAGUGUUUGCUGAAGUCAAACUGUGGAAGCACGCUUUUCAGUUCAAUAUCCAUUGUUUUUUUUAGCUUGAUUCAAAUGGCCGUGUCAACUCCUUGACAACCGUGCUUAUUCAGGAAGUUGAUCGCUUUAAUAAACUUUUGAAAAUCAUCAAGGUAAUGGCUUCGUUAUCAGCGUGAGAGUUUUUUAUGAGAGUUUGAAAGAUGAACUCAACUGUUUUUCUGAUCAAUACUACAUAAUGGCGAUUGUUUAUGUAUUCCAGGAGUCGUUACAGCAACUUCAGAAAGCGAUCAAAGGAUUUGUAGUUAUGUCCUUAGAACUUGAUAAAGUCUACACAUGUUUCCUAAACAACCAGGUAAUUCAAGGCAUCUGUCUUAUAUUUUCAUUGAAAUGAGACAUAAUUAAAUACUAUAGUAAUUACGUUCAUUCUCAAGAUUUUCGGAAAUGGGAAAUAUUAAAUUUCAUGGGUAAAGACCUAAAAUGAUCAUGUUUUUGUGACUGGCUUUCAGAAACAAAUCAGAAACAAAAAUGAUCAUUGUUCGUGACUCGUUCUUUAGAAAGACGAUUUCUAUAGUUUUAUUGUCUUUCAUUGUUAUAAUCAACCAACCACGAGCUUGGAUAGUAUAGGUAGAUGAUGACCUAAUUUCAUUCAUUCUCCAACCCACUCCAGGUUCCUGAAAUGUGGUCGAACGCUGCGUAUCCAUCACUUAAGCCUCUCGGUUCUUGGGUCAAAGAUCUUGUUAUGCGAACGACUUUCAUCUUUGUGAGUAUGAACAUGUUUUUAUUAUAAUCGUGCUUUUCAAAUAGUGUCAUAUUCUCAUGACAAUCUUUAAUUUUCUAUUCAGCAAUGGAUGGUUCAUGGGUUACCACGAUCUUUGUGGAUAUCUGGAUUCUUCUUCCCACAAGGUACAGUUUAGGCUUUCCUAUGUUCGGCAUAAGCAUUCAACUUAGAUGUUUAUGCCGUUGAAUAUGUUCGGCAUAAGCGUUCAACUUAGAUGUUUAUGCCGUUGAAUAUGUUCGGCAUUAGCAUUCAAUUUAGAUGUUUAUGCCGUUGAAUAUGUUUGGUAUAAGCAUUCAAUGGUUAUGCCGAAGACAUUCAACGGCAUAACCAUCUAAGUUGAAUGGUUAUGCCGAAGACAGUCAACGGCAUAACCAUCCAAGUUGAAUGCUUAUGCCGAAGACAUUCAACGGCAUAACCAUCCAAGUUGAAUGGUUAUGCCGAAGACAGUCAACGGCAUAACCAUCUAAUGGUUAUGCCGAAGACAUUCAACUGCAUAACCAUCCAAGUUGAAUGGUUGUGCCGAGUCAACGGCAUAACCAUCCAAGUUGAAUGCUUAUGCCGAAGACAGUCAACGGCAUAACCAUCCCGGCAAUGGUUAUGCCGAAGACAUCCAGUGGCGUAACCAUCCAAGUUGAAUGGUUAAGCCGAUGACAUUCAACGAGCCCCGCGAAACGUUAAUCCAGCCCUGAGUUGAAGUACUAAAAUAGUGUUUUCUUCCUGCAGGUUUCCUCACUGGUGCUUUACAGAACCACGCGCGUAAAUACAACCAGCCUAUCGAUCAACUCUCCUUCCGUUUCACGAUCCAGUCAAAAUACUGCAAUCAGGAGGAGUUCAGUGACAUGAUUGAGUCACGUGAUGAUGCCGCCAUUGAGGCGAACCUCCCUCCUCAUACUGAGGACGGAGUGUAUGUUCAUGGUUUAUUUUUAGAUGCAGCGAGAUGGGAUGAUGACGCGAUGGUGCUGGUGGACGCACUGCCGGCGGAAAUGAAUCCGGUACGUAAAUGCCCAUUUAUAUUACACAACUUUUGCCUAAAACUGUCGCCUGCAACCUGCUUACAACUUGAGUUGUACACUUGUACUGUGUAAAUCAACACAACUCGCCGACGUUGCCGUUGGUGAGUUGUCGUUUCUUGAAAUUCUGUCAAAUUUUAACUUCUAUUUUUCUACGGUUUUAUCAGCCAUUACCAAUAUUACACCUGGAACCACAGAUGAAUUUUGUUCCUGACAGUACGAAAUAUGUGUCUCCACUUUACAAGACCUCGGCUAGGGCUGGUGUUCUAUCUACGACAGGUAUGCUAUCUGCAUAUUAGCGUGAGCACAGACGGCUAUCUUCGUAUAGCUGGGUUUCAUUAGGCAUUACUAUCGUAUACCAGAUGUUGGUCAAUCUGCUGUUAUAAGAGUGAGAAAAUAAUGUGAAUUCUUUUCAUCUACUGAAACCUACCAUUGGGCGCUUCAUAUAAUGCUUAGCAUAAUGAAUGGAAUGUUCCAUCGUCUUUUCAUUCUUUUGAAGAUCUCGCUGUUCUCCAUGCCAUCCAGUCACGACCAGUGAUCGAAAUGUUCCAUUGUCUUUUCAUUGUUUUGAAGAUCCCACUGUUCUUCAUGCCAUCCAGUGAUCAGAAUGUUUCAUUGUCUUUUCAUUCUUUUGAAGAUCUCGCUGUUCUCCAUGUCAUCCAGUGAUCGAAAUGUUCCAUUGUCUUUUCAUUGUUUUGAAGAUCCCACUGUGCUCCAUGCCAUCCAGUGAUCAGAAUGUUUCAUUGUCUUUUCAUUCUUUUGAAGAUCUGACUGUUCUCCAUGUCAUCCAGUGAUCGAAAUGUUCCAUUGUCUUUUCAUUGUUUUGAAGAUCCCACUGUGCUCCAUGCCAUCCAGUGAUCAGAAUGUUUCAUUGUCUUUUCAUUCUUUUGAAGAUCUGACUGUUCUCCAUGUCAUCCAGUGAUCGAAAUGUUCCAUUGUCUUUUCAUUGUUUUGAAGAUCCCACUGUGCUCCAUGCCAUCCAGUGAUCAGAAUGUUUCAUUGUCUUUUCAUUCUUUUGAAGAUCUGACUGUUCUCCAUGUCAUCCAGUGAUCGAAAUGUUCCAUUGUCUUUUCAUUGUUUUGAAGAUCCCACUGUGCUCCAUGCCAUCCAGUGAUCAGAAUGUUUCAUUGUCUUUUCAUUCUUUUGAAGAUCUGACUGUUCUCCAUGUCAUCCAGUGAUCGAAAUGUUCCAUUGUCUUUUCAUUGUUUUGAAGAUCCCACUGUGCUCCAUGCCAUCCAGUGAUCAGAAUGUUUCAUUGUCUUUUCAUUCUUUUGAAGAUCUGACUGUUCUCCAUGUCAUCCAGUGAUCGAAAUGUUCCAUUGUCUUUUCAUUGUUUUGAAGAUAGCAACGUUUAACCAUAUGAAAGAUGUUUAUGUCUGUUGUUUUUGUCCACAGGUCAUUCAACAAAUUUUGUCAUUGCCGUUCAUCUGCCCUCGGAUAUGCCGUCAGAUUUCUGGAUAGCAAAAGGAACAGCCUUGUUAUGUCAGUUGAACGAUUGAGUCAGGUUUAAAUAUAUUGUAUAAAUAUGUAAAUCAAUUGUUGUAUAGUUGACUUGACUUUAGUGUGAGUCGAGAGUGUAAUAUAUCUCAUACAGUACGUAAGUUAUAUUUUUUAACAUAGAAAACAUUGAUAAUAUAUGUGAAGAUUUCGAUGUACAGUAACUUUCACUUUAUUACCGUAAUUGAAAAAAAUUGCAUCUAAUAUUAGCC